AACCUUCCUCCUUCCUUUCCCUGCUCAUCCUUAUUCUUCUUUUCUUCUUAUUCUUUUUCUCUCAUCUCCUUUCUUCUUCUUCUCUAGAUCUGGGAUUUUCUCAAACCCAGAUCUGGAUUCUCUCAAACCUAGAUUUGGGUUCCCAAAGCAACCUUAAAUCAAUUUGCUCUAUCUUAAACCUUCUCUCCUUUUCCUCUCCACCUCUGGUACUUCGUAAAUUAAUUUUGAUUUGAAGUUGGUUCAAGGCGGCUAUGUGGUCAGGGUUUCGUCAAUGCUAAAGCUUUAGGGGGUCACAUGAAGGCUUAUCUCGCCACCCGUCCCCUUCCUUCUAAGACCGACAGUGGUGGUGGUGGUGAUGAUGACUCUGCUUCUUUUCCAUCAUCUUCUUUUGGGGAGGAGGAAGAGAUGUUGGAGGAAAUGGAGAAGAAGAAGACAUGUUGUCCCAAGGAUGAAAGAGAGAAAGAGGGGAAGAGUGAAGAGAAAAGGGAGAAUAAGGGAAAAGAAGAAGUUUGCAAAGCUGCCCAAACAUUUGGCAUUGUCUGUGGGAAAGAACAAGGAACUCGUGUUGCUUUGCAAGUUGAAGAUAAGCAUGGUGUGUACAUUCACAAGAAAUCACUCCCCCAAGUGGAAAGAGUGGAUGAUCAGGAUAAUACUCAGUUUCUAGAGUUUGACUUCAAUGAAUUCCAACCGUUGCCUGAAAACCUUUUUGUGGGUAGGGCAAAAAGAGAACAAUCUAGCAGUUCUAAUGAUGAACGAACACUUACGGGCUAUGUCACUCAACACAAAGAACAACACUAGGUUCCAAGAGAUGCUUGGUAGAGGCAUCUUGAUUAUACUACCUUAUGACAUGAAAGACCUCUAGAAUCCACUCGAACAUCUGAGCUAGAAGAAAGGACUAGGAUUUUG